AUGGGAUCAAUUAGAACUUCACCCACUCCUAUGCUGGACUUUGAAAAAACCACUGUAUAUCAUGUUGAGAACGUCGAUGAACCUGAACUCGGGGACUCACAAUUCACCCUUGCCUUCGACGAAGCCGUGCCAACAGACUUCCGGCCCUACUACGACAAGGCCCACUUUGAGACUGGCUCGUAUCUCACGGAAAGAGGCCGCCCAGAGUUUACCGAUCGCAACCUGGUAGACUGGGAGCUCAACGACAACCGGUCUCUUCUAAUUUUCCACCAGUUGCCGGAGGGAUGGCCCUGUCUUCCCCGCAUUAUCCAAAAAGAAUACCAAGCAUACCUCCUGCCCACUAAUGCGGGGAAGGCCCAGGCAGCCACCAUAUUGGCUGAUUCAAACCUGUACAUUGAAAGUAAUAUCGACCGCGACGUGAAGCUUCAGAUCGCCCGGUCUUCAGUCGAUGCAGCGUAUGCCGAAGCCAACACAACCACUCUUAGUCUCACCCAAUGGAGACACAUGAUCGAAAACUACUUGCUCAAUCUGGCCUGCGAGGUUCAGGUUCGUCUCGAUUAUAAACGCGCUCUCCGGCAGUUGAAACGCAACAAAUUUUAUUUAUCCCCGGGAAGUAGCAUUCGAAUCUCUCAGGAAGAGCGAGCGGGGGUCUUCCAGAAAGUGCAAGCCACUCUGUAUCGCCGGCUUGGACUGAACUGGGACGUCGAUCCGAUCGACUAG